GGUGGGAGAGGAGCGACUGACAGGCUGGAGAACGAGGAAUAGUGGGCAGCGGAGGACAGGCGGCCAGAAAACCAAGGAGCCUACGGGAAUUCCAGACAGGAGGAGGAGAAGAAGACAAGGAAACAGACUCAGUGAGGCAAAAGUCCAGAGUCACACUUGCAGAUUCCUGUGCUACACUACUCCAAUGUUUCACCGGUGAGGUCCUUGAAUAUCUGCAUCAGAAUAACUGAGGCUGCUUGCUGCAAAUCAAGAUCCCUUGGGGGCCAUCCCAGACCUCCUCGGAGUAGAAUCUCUGGAGGAGUCUUGGCGUCUGUCUUCUGCUGAGCCAAGAUGGGUGACUGGAGCUUCUUGGGAGAGUUCCUGGAGGAAGUACAUAAGCAUUCUACGGUGAUCGGCAAGGUCUGGCUCACGGUCCUCUUCAUAUUCCGCAUGCUGGUGCUGGGCACGGCUGCCGAGUCAUCCUGGGGGGAUGAGCAGGCUGAUUUCCUCUGUGACACGAUGCAGCCUGGUUGCGAGAACGUCUGCUAUGACCAAGCCUUCCCCAUCUCCCACAUUCGCUACUGGGUGCUGCAGGUCAUCUUCGUCUCCACGCCUUCUCUGGUGUACCUGGGCCACGCCGUGCACAUGGUGCGCGUGCAGGAGAAGCGGAAGCUGCUACGGGAGGCUGAGAGGGCCAAAGAGGUGCGGGCUGCUGGCUCCUACGAGUACCCGGUGGCCGAGAAGACAGAGCUGUCCUGCUGGGAAGAAGUGAAUGGAAGGAUUGCCCUCCAGGGCAGUCUACUCAACACCUACGUCUGCAGCAUCCUGAUCCGCACCACCAUGGAGGUGGCCUUCAUUGUGGGCCAGUACCUCCUCUACGGGGUCUUCCUGGACACCCUGCAUGUCUGCCGCAGGAGUCCCUGUCCCCAUCCCGUCAACUGCUAUGUGUCCCGGCCCACGGAAAAGAAUGUCUUCAUCGUCUUCAUGCUGGCGGUGGCUGGACUGUCCCUUUUCCUCAGCCUUGCUGAACUUUACCACCUGGGCUGGAAAAAGAUUAGGCAGCGAUUUGUCAAGUCCCAGCCCGGCGUGGGUGAGUGCCAGCUUCCUGGUCCCUCGGCCGGCAUGGUCCAGAGCUGCACACCACCCCCUGACUUCAAUCAGUGCCUGGAGAAUGGCCCUGGGGGGAAAUUCUUCAGUCCCUUCAGUAACAAGAUGGCCUCCCAGCAGAACACUGAUAAUCUGGCCACGGAGCAGGUGCGAAGUCAGGAGCAGAUUCCAAGAGAAGGCUUUAUUCACAUCCGUUAUGCCCAGAAGCCCGAGGUACCCAAUGAGGGCUCCCCAGGACCCAGCCUCCCCCAUGGCUAUCAGAGUGACAAGCGCCGUCUCAGCAAGGCCAGUAGCAAGGCCAGGUCAGAUGACCUGUCUGUGUGACCUCCAGUGUGGGAGAACCAGAUGGGCACAGAGGAGUUCAGAGAGGGAAGACAUGUCCUUUCUGACCCCAUCUCUUUCAUUCUCAUCACUGCUAUGCUAUUUUUGGACACUGGGUCUCAAUGGCAUUGCUCCUUCUCUCCAGAAGAUGUAAGCAGGUCUUUAUGGAUGCGGUCAGAGACAUAGCUACCUGUCCAGGCUGCUGUCUCUUCCCCAUCCUCCACCCAGAAUCCUCAGUGAAGCCUUUCAGAUUACUCUGUGAAUGGGACAGAAGAAGAGAGGGGAUCAUAGCAAAUCUGGCCUGGGAGGGAUAGCCAGAGGGAUAGGAUGACUCUCUACACCACAGCCACACAGCAGAUGGAUUCUCUAGGUCCUUCUGGCUUCCUUGAUCUGAACACUCUUCCUCCGGCAAGAAGGAACCCAAAAUUCCCAGCCCAACAAUGAGCAUGAGUCAAGGAACUUGCAUUAGACGUGCUCUUGAGCGUGUUGUCUCCUUGGACCAUACCUUUGAGUGGUGGUGAGGUUGCCAUGGUCUGCCCUUGGCUGCCCCUCCCUCUGCCCAGUCUUACUUAAAAAGAGGUCCUUGGAACUCGACCAGGGGGCUCAACUUUACAAGUGCCUUGGUAUGCACCUCUGGCAAAUGUCUCACCUUGGUGAUAUUGCAGCCUUUCCUUCUGCCAGGGUGUGCAACCAGCCCCUGGGGCUGGAAGGCUCUCCUGGGGAGUCAGUGUACACACAAUUCCACUAGAAUUCCUGCCACCACCUGUCAGCCUGCAGCUCUUUUAUAGUUCAAGCUGAUGAUAGACACCAUCCCUUCCAUUACCCCCUUGGUGGUCCCUCGAGUGCUCCCCUAAACACCUGAUUGACCAGAAUGCCCAAGAAGCCAUUGUCCUCUCUUGAAUCCUGUCCAGAUCACCAGCCAUGGAGGCCAGUGGAAUCUCCCUAGGUCUUAUGAAAACAAAGAGGGCAUUGUGCUUCUCAGAUUCCCCUUGGGAAAAAGAAUAAUUCUGUUGUGAAGAUAGAAAUAAAAAAGGAGAGAAAAUACUGGAAAACUAUUUUUCCCUCCUGUUUGCUUCCCUUGCUGACUGCCAACUUAGAGUGCCAAGAGAAGGUGUGAUGACAACUAUGGAGGCCCCCAGAUUUCCCUUUCCCUGGAGUAUUUAGCAGGGGCAUGAAAGCAGUAAGGGAAUCUACAGCUCUCUUGGCAGGGCCCUUGUUUAAGAGCACAGGGAUGCCUGUGUCUUCCCAGUGCUCCCAAAGAGACUGCCAAAAGCAGUGGGGACUGCAGAAAAGCCCUGCCUUCCCAGGGACUGGCUGGGUUUCUCUCUUCAGUCCAUCCACAAUGGGUGGUUGCCAUUUAGGAUGAAGAUAAAUGAUGCUCAGAAUUGGAUGCUGAAACUUAUAGGGAGAUGAUUACUUUUUAAAAUGCAUGUGUGUGUGUGUGUGUGUGUGUGUGUACACUGAUAAAGUGGGUAAAGGGGAGGGGAGUCCUGAAAUAAGGAAAGGAUAUCUUAGAGACACUUGUGUUUUCCUGCUUUCCUCUAGAUUCCUGGCAGAGGGCUGAGACUCACUGUUUUCAGUGUCAUCAACCUAAAGAUAUAGGCAUGAGAGGCCAGGAUAGAGGAGGCUGAAGGCUCAGUAGGAGGCUCAGCCCCACCUGCCCAUCUCUGGGCCCCUCUGCUGAGACUUGAAUGCUAUUGGUGGGGAGAGAGAAGGAUGUGGGCAGAGGGGUGGAGGAAACUGACUGCCAUGCCAUUUAUGGAAGAAUGACUGGUUAUCCCAGAUCCCUGGAGGGAACACCUUUUAAUCUAUUGUCUGGCACUGGCAUUAAGACUCUCCAAAGCAAAACAAGUCUAUCUUUCCCACCAUCUCUCAAGUGUGUUUGUUUUAUGAAAUAAGUGUUCUUGGGUUAGAAAUUCUAUGAUGUCAGUCCUUCAUGAAGGGGCUUUCAGGAAGGAAAAAGGAAAUAAUACGUGUAGCUUGUCCAAAUAAAGUCUGGCCUUCCAU